AGGAGAAUCUCUGCGUGGUUGUUUAUAUAUGUGAGUGUGUGUUGGACUGGACGCACAGGAGAAAAAGAGCGACAGCUGACAGAGAGGAGGAUUUUUCUUACAAGAUAUCUUCAACUACUCAACCAUCAUGUCUCAACCAGGUCAGGAAGAAGAUGAACAAAUGCAGCGUCCUGAAGUGAGAGAGGAGGACCUGACUGAAGCAAAAAGCCAACUUGGUAGUAGUGGGCCAGCAAAGAGCAAGACUUUGGAAGUAAUGGAGGAGUGCGAGAAAAUGGGUAAAGUUGCUCCCUCUGUGUUCAGCGGAGUGAAGUCAGGAGCUGAGACUGUUUUCCACGCACGCGCAGCUCGACCAGUCAGAAAGUAGCAGGGGACUUCCUGACCAUAACUGGGCAACACCUGUUCCAUGUUAAGGGAUUUGGUAUUAGUUGCUUUCCAGCUGUACUUCAGUCCAUGAAAAAUCCUGCCUAAAGCCAUUUUCUAAUGGCCUCAUGUUGUUUAUCAAAGUCCCGCUUGUGUUUCUGCACUAAAACAGUUUAUAGUUAUGGCAUGUUUUUGCUCUUACACUGAUAAGUUCCUAAUACAUCCGCUAAUCUCUACAUACAUAUGGAAUUUCUAAAAUAGAAAAAAUAUUUAAUUUAGCCAUUAUUGUGGUAUUCACCCAGCGUUUAAUGUUACAGGGGAAAAAAAACCAAAACAUAUGAAAGAAUCAGUGAGCCUUGCAUGCAUUUCUAAAUUAAUACAGAAAAUAAAUGUGAUUUGGUCUAUAUGAUUGUGCCUGCACUGUGAUAGUUUGUUAAAUGUCACAAUUAUGGUGAAAAACUCGAGCUCAAUAAAAGCUUGAAAUCUCUUGGAAAUAUGCCAUUGCCAGUAAUGU